AUGCAGAAGCUCUCGAAAUUUUUGGAGCGCGGAAUACAGCUGCUACUGGGCGUGUCAUUGACCAAUAGAGCCAAGGCCCAGGACCCACUGCACAAGACCAUUGCACAGCACCCUCGCGAAGCCAUCACCCCUCCUCACCCUCAGUCGAAAACCUUUGCACAUCUCCCCAUAGCACCGCCCAGCAUGUCGUUCCUUGGAUUCGGCCGCCCGCAGCCCUCGUCGGCCGAGAAGAUCGCCGCCGUCGAGGCCGAGAUGAAGCUCAUGGCCGACAUGAUGAACCGUCUCAACAAGGCCUGCGCAAAGAAGUGCAUCCCCAACAACUACCUCGAGGGCGACAUCAACAAGGGCGAGGCCGUCUGCCUCGACAGGUGCGCCGCAAAGUUCUUCGACGUCCACCUCAAGGUCUCGGACAUAUUACAGCAGCAGCAGCAGCAGCAGAUGGGCGGCGGCGGCGGCGGCCCCUUCGGUCGGUAA